AUGGACAAGGGUCGGCGCACGACAGCAAUGGAAUGGCAAAGGAAAGCCGCAUCGUCCAUCCAUCUCGAUCCGAAACAGCCAUCGACGACUAGGUACCAGCAGACGCUUCGAGGAAAACGUGGUUCAAAGGGAACCCCUGUGCGCCACGCCGACGCUGCCAGCCCUAAGCGGCGUCAGGGCUCGCCAACGCCGAGCACCUUCAAUAUUAUCUUGAUUCGCGCACCAAUCAGGAGGCUCCAUCCGCUCCACUCCAGGCCCAUGGAUGAAUCGAAGCCAAGCGAUGGUCGUCGGCACUUCGUCAUGCGCAUGGGAAAUGUCCCUACCAACCAUCGAUUCCGAGUCGACGACGUCCCCCUCUUCAUGCCCAUGCAUCGCGCCUUUCCGGGAGCACGGGAAGCGCUCGCGAGGACGGAGCGGCGGGAGCACGGGGCGAGGACGGCGACGGCGGAUGCCACCAGCUUCCCGCCUCGACGAGGCGCAAGCCAGCCGGCCGAUGAGACGGCGAGCGCUGCCAUCACCCGCCGCCAAGACCCGGUGAUGGUCGCUGCGAUCCCACUCUGGCUCCCGCCCGCUGACGCUUGCCUGCCCAUCCAUCUCGAAACCAUCGGCUCCCUCGCUCUUCCUCCCUCUCCGCUUUCUCUUCCCCUCCUCCUUUACCUCCUCCUCCUCCUUCACCUCCAUCUCCCCUCCUCCGGCUCCUUUCCCUUCUUUACUGCUCCGCAGUUCGGGAGCGGCCGCGACGGCAUCGACAACGACAACGAUUCCGAAUCCGAAUCCGAAUCCGAAGCACAUACCAUGGUACGCGGCCCGUCAGGUUGGCGAGGCGCCCUCGCCGUCGGCCUCACCCUUCUCGCGUCAUCACCCUCGGCGGACGCCGCCAUGCCCGUCCAAUUCUACGUCGAGGCAUCCAUGGCGGCGAUACAAACGCUCAACCGCCUCUUCUACAACGUCAACACGGGCAUCUGGGACGAUGCCUGGUGGAACAGCGGCAACGCGCUGACGACGCUGGCCGACUUCACAAGGCUCCGCCUGCCCGAGGCCAACAGGCUCAACCUCGGCGGCUACAUGAACAACACGUUCGUGCAGGCGCAAAAAACCAUGGUGCAGACGUCCAAGGUGGUCAACAAGAUGGGCUUGCCCUCGUCGACGUACUGCAUCGACGCGCACAGCGGCUGCAUGUCCAAGCGCGACUUCCUCGGCAAGCGAGGCUUCGACGACUUCCGCAACGACUUUUACGACGACGAGGGCUGGUGGGCCCUCGGCCUCAUACGCUCCUUCGACGUGACGGGGCAGAGGCAAUACCUCGUCGCCGCCAUCGACGUCUUCGACGACAUGCGCACCGGCCUCAACACGCCCUGCGGAGGCAUCUACUGGAGCAAGGAGCGCAAGUACGUCAACGCCGUCGCCAACGAGCUCUACCUCGCCGUCGCCACCUCGCUGGCCAAGCGCAUCCCCGACAACCGCAUGUACCUCGACAUCGCCCUGGCGCAGUGGGCCUGGUUCAACGGCUCCGGCAUGAUCAACGGCGAGAACCUCAUCAACGACGGCCUCGACGAGCACUGCAAGAACAACGGGCUGCAGACGUGGAGCUACAACCAGGGCGUCAUCCUCGGCGCUCUCGCCGAGCUGAGCACCAUCACCCGCGACCAGCAGUACGUCAACAGGGCGGUGACGCUGGCCAUGGCCUCGAUGAAGGCCCUCUCCAACGCCGAAGGCAUCCUCAUCGAGACGGACAAGUGCGAGCUCAAGCCCGGCAACUGCGGCCGGGACGGCGCCCAGUUCAAGGGCAUCUACGUGCGCAACCUGGCCUACCUCCACAAGGUGGCCCCGCGCAGGGAGUUUGCCGACUUCAUCAUCAGGAACGCCGACUCCAUCUGGCAGAGGGACCGAAACAGGGCCAGCCUCGGCAUCGCCUGGGCGGGCCCCUACAUCAAGGCGACGGGGCAGACGCAGAGCAGCGCCCUCGACGCCCUCGUCGCCGCCAUUUCCGUCCUGCAAUAG